CGCAAAUCAGAAAAAACGCGUUUUUUGUGCAUUUUAUUUUAUUAAUAUAUAAAACAGAACUCAGUUUAAUUUUACUUUAAUAAUCGAAAAUUCAUUUAAACAAUUUUUGGAUUUCCUUGACCCCGUAGCUGAAAUCCAGGAGAAGAAAGGUAUCUAUCGGUGAAAAAGAUGUUUCUGCUUAAAAUUAUCUCAUACUCAAAAACAAACAAAAAAAUUAUUACAAUACAUGAAUACAGGUAAUGAUUGCAGAACUAGUCAAAAUUUUGAUUAUUGACAAAAAUUCAAUAUCGGAUCAACUUAAAAUUUUCGGAGGAUUUUGCCAAAUUUAUAUUUACAAAAGUUUCGAUUUAUUUGAGUUCACAAGUGGGUAUAACCUUUUAAUAAAAUGUUUGACCUUGAACUACAUGCAUAUUAUCCUAUCUAUUUAGUUUGCGUUGUAAAAAGUCGGAAACUUUUAACUUCUUUGUUCUCAGAAUCUCGUACUUCCUUAACUUUUUAAUAGAAUAGUAGCUCAGAUCUUAUUAUUUUAAUCUCCUAAAACUCAUAGUAGAAGCUAUCGGCAAAGUAUAUAUAUUUACAUUUGAUAUUUUAGAAGUAUCCAUAAACUACCAACUCUGUCAGACCACCCUAACAAACUAGUUUUCGGCACACGUACCAUAUUAUAAACGUACGUACACGUGUAGAUUUGUUAAGAAUAUAAUUUAUAGUUAAUGAUUAUUAUGCAUAUGAUAAGAAUUUUUGUUUUCUUUUCACUUUCUCACUUGGAGCGCGACUUGUGUCGUUCUCAUCACUUCAUCCAAAAAUUUUCCCGUGGCUUAUGUUUGAAUGUAUAUAUGUUUGUUUGUAUAUAAACUAGUGCAUGGCUACUCAGUUCUAAAUUUGUGAAUUCUCACAGCCGAUUACUUUUUAUUUAUUUGUUGUGAUAGUAAAUUUACAAACAACAAACAGGUUGUUCGUUUAGGAGGGAAUGCUCGUGGUUUUAUGACGGCGGUAUCGGUGAUGUCGCAAUUUAUUGUUAUUGUAUGCACUUCCCCAUCACCACAUACAAGUGUGUGUGUAUAGUUCAGUAAAUUUUUCUGUACACACAUGCAUGUAUAGUUGGUAGGUACUCGUACGGCGUUAACAUUUACUCGCGUACCCCCUAAUAAUAACCACUUUUAGGGAGCGUAAAAUUUCAACAAAACGAAAUUGUGCGCACAAUCCAGUACGGGCCGACUACAAGACAAUUCGCCCUGGAUGCUGCUCUUUCAUAGUAGUUUUUAACGUUGAUUCCGAAAGUGCGCAACGGUAGCAACGGUCACACAACACAGUUAUUGACACAACAAAACCAGCAAUAAUUUGAAUUAUUUUUUAUUUUCGCAUUUGAAGUGUUCAUUUAAUUAAUAAAUAUGAGUUUCCUGAAAGCAACGGUUGUGUCGAGGCACUGUAGUGUUCUGAAAGGUUUGGCAUAUCCUAGAAAUUAUGCUACCCUGGCGGAACCUGCAGCCCCAGCUGUCAAAACGCAAACCAUACCAGGUCCUAAGUCACUGGAAUUGAAGGGCAAAUUGAGUGCUAUACAAAAUGCCGAAACAGUUCAACUUUUCGCUGACUUUGAAAAGUCUAUUGGAAACUAUCUGGUUGAUGUCGACGGCAAUGCCUUGCUCGAUGUUUACACACAAAUUUCAUCAAUGCCAUUAGGUUACAAUCAUCCCCGCCUCUUGAAUGUCUUCCAAAAUGAAAAAAAUUUAAAAACUUUAAUUAACCGUCCAGCUUUGGGUGUUUUCCCCGGAAAAGAAUGGCCGGAACAUUUAAAAUCUAUUCUUAACAAAAUUGCACCCAAAGGCCUUAGUAAUUUGACAACUAUGAUGUGUGGUUCAUGCUCAAAUGAAAAUGCAUACAAAAAUAUUUUUAUUUGGUACCGUCGCCAUCAGCGUGGUGAGAAUGUCGAGUUCUCAGAGGCCGAAAAGCUGUCUUGCAUGAUUAAUCAACAGCCAGGCUCGCCGCCAUUAAGCAUACUCUCCUUCAAGGGCGCAUUCCAUGGACGCACUUUGGGCGCACUCUCAACCACACACUCUAAGUAUAUACAUAAAAUCGAUGUACCUUCAUUCAAUUGGCCAAUUGCAUCAUUCCCCGAAUAUAAAUAUCCACUCGCUGAAAACGAACGUCAUAACAAACAAGAAGACGAGCGUUGCUUGGCUGAAGUUGAAGACUUAAUUGUACAGUACAACAAAAACGGUAUACCAGUAGCGGGCAUUGUAGUUGAACCUAUACAAAGUGAAGGCGGUGACAACGAAGCAUCACCCGAAUUCUUUCAAGGACUGCAAAAAAUUGGCAAACGCCAUGGUACCGCCUUACUGAUCGAUGAGGUACAAACUGGUGGCGGUUGUACUGGUAAAUUUUGGUGUCACGAGCACUUCAACUUGGAUGGACCACCCGAUGUGGUGACAUUUAGCAAAAAAAUGCAAUUGGGUGGCUACUUCCACAAGAAAGAGUUCCAACCCGCCGAAGGUUAUCGUGUCUUCAACACCUGGAUGGGUGAGCCUAGCAAAUUAUUGCUGUUGGAAGAAGUUAUCAACGUAAUUAAGGAUGAGAAUUUACUCAAGAAUGUAAACGCUGCUGGUAAAGUGCUUAAAGAUGGUCUUUUAGCUUUGGAAAAAGAAUAUUCACAUAUCAUAAAUUCGACAAGAGGACGCGGCACAUUUUUAGCGGUGAAUUGCCAAAACACCAAAGCUCGUGAUGAUUUCGUUGGACGUCUCAAACUUAAGGGUAUACAGACUGGUGGCUGCGGCGAGUUCUCCAUUCGUUUCAGACCAGCUUUGAUAUUCCAAGAGAAACACGCACACAUGGUUUUGGAUGUCUUCAGAAGCGUAUUGAAAGAAUUGUAAUCCUAUAGCAAAGCUACCACACUUGCAUGAGCUGCUGCCUCUCUUUGCAUUUAGCACCAAAUAUAUAUGUAGAUAAUAACGGCCUAAGCCCAUUUAUAGCGUUAAAGCGGAAUAUGCGCAAAAGUAUUUGAAUACUUAGUAUAAUUUAUCAUAUCAAUUUUGUAUGAUAAGAAUGUGAGAAUUUAAAAAGCCAAAAGCGUUUUUUUUUUUGUUGAAUGAUAAAGUAUAGGAUACAAUACUAAAACACAAAUGUUGAAUUGUGCUCUGAUCAUUUGCUUCCAAUAAAUAACGAACUUUAUUUACCAAAUA